GUUUAGUCAAAGGUGUACGUCCGCUCUAAUUACAUUUACUCAGUCUACAGGACAAACUACAUUAACGUCAAGCAUAAAUAAAGCAAUCUGUUAUCUGUUUGAACAACAAUCUCGUUGUGAGAUAUGGCGCCGGCAGUUCUUUCUCAAUCUCAUCGUAUUGCUGUACUGGAUUUUUGAACUGUCUCCUGUUAUAAUAUAUUGUACGUUGUCAAAUGUAGUGCAGUUUGUGUUUUGUUAAUUAUAAAUGGAGAUACCAAAGAGAAAUGAUGAUUUUUUGGGGAUAGUUGAUGUGGUUCUGAAGGUAAGAGAGCUCAAAGUAUGGACACCGGAAGAGAAAUCAUGGUGGAGAAAAAAACCAAGUAAACCGAAAACGCUCAUACUAAAUAACGUCAGCGACUGCAUAAAAUCUGGAGAAUUUUUAGCGAUCCUUGGUCCGAGUGGUGCAGGAAAAACGACAUACUUAGUAUCAUUGUGCGGGAAAUGUACAUUGCCGUCAGAGGGCGUGGUGACUGUGAAUGGCAGAAAUGUAACCGAUUUACAACCUGGUGAAGUGGAGAUAUUACCGCAGUUUGAUGUUUUCAUGGAUUGUCUCAGUGUUAAGGAGCAUCUGGUGUUUAUGACAGAAAUUAAAAGUGGCAGCGCGAAAAAUCAAAACAACAGCACAGUUUUAAAUGCAAUAAUGGAGAUGUUAAAAUUGAAAGUACAUGAGAAUACUUUAAUUCAGUCACUAUCUGGUGGGGAACGAAGAUUGUUGUCAUUAGCUUCAUCUCUAUUAUCAAACCCACAAAUCCUAAUAUGUGACGAGCCAACAACCGGCCUGGACAGUUAUAAUGCAUCUUUAGUUGUGGGGCUGCUGAAAGGUCUCUCAAUGACAGGAAAAAUUGUCAUAUGCUCUGUACAUCAACCAUCCUCGGAUCUAUUCAAAGAGUUUAACUCUAUCUCUUUAAUGUCAGAAGGCAAGCUGCUAUUUCACGGCAGCCAUGAAGACUGUCGGAAUCUGUUUCAAAGCCUUAACCUACGUUGCCCGAAGAAUUACAACCCUGCGGAGUUCUACAUCAAGGCCGUGUCGUCUUAUCCGUGUGCCGACGAAAACUAUGUGGAUAGGAUCAUGGAAAAUAACCGAAACCGGUUCCAUCAGUGCGACGAAACAUGUUGCGAGACUCACGUGAUGCCGCGCCUCCCAGUACGCAAUAGAAGUUGGUCCAAACAAGUACAAUUACUAAUGUGGAGGUUUUCAAUACGACUCAGAAGAAAUUAUAAAAAUCUCGCAAUCUCACUACUAUUAUCCACGGUGAUAGGUGCAGUAGUGAUCGGCAUAUGUUUUGCCGGCAGUAAGGGGACGACACAAAGAGGUGUACAAAACCUAAGAGGCCUAUUGUGGCUCAUCUGUAGUGAAGUUUCCUUCAGCCUAUCUUAUGCUGCGCUUUACGCGUUUGAAGCAGAUCUAUCGCUAUUCAAGAGAGAAGUCGGCAUGUAUAGCGUGUCUGCUUAUUUCGUUGCAAGAUUUCUAAAUGAGAUACCUCGGUGUAUAAUUUGGCCAAUUCCGUUCGUAGCCAUAACAGCGUCUACUGUGGAGUUACCAAACCAUUCUCUAACUGUCCUAGAACUUUACAUCGCUCUUAUUAUAUCAGGGUUCGCGUCUACUGCAUAUGGUCUUGGUAUGGGAGCCUUAUUCAUAUCGAGUGGCAUGAUGGCUGACGUAAUGCCGUGCGCUGAUUUACCGCUAUUCCUGAUGUCGGGAGCUUUUCUACGAAUAUCAUCGCUGCCGUUUUGGUUGUAUCCAGUCAAAUUUAUUUCGCAUUUCUAUUACGCUAUGGACGCUAUAAGUAACAUCUAUUGGAGACAAAUCGGAGAUAUUGAGUGUCCUACAAACACAACCACAGUUUGUGUGAAAGACGGCGCUGCAGUUUUAUUGGAGAAUGGUUACUCUGAUAAUUUCGUGCUAGAAGAUACUGUAGGUCUUCUAUUUGUGGCAACUUUGUGGAGUGUUGUGGGAUACUGGGGAUUGAAGAGAGAAGAGAAGAAAGGUUACGCUUAUUAAAGAGAGUUUUCGUAGGUUAUAGAUUAUUUCACGUUAUUUUAAUUGUUAUGUUAAUGCAUUUAAUCUGUGUAUUUUUAGAUAGAAGUUUUGUACUUGUAAAAUUGAUAUGCAAA